AGUCAGCCUGCACCAGGCCGGACUGACGUGGCCGUGGGUUUCUAAAUUCUGUCUUCUUUUUCGCAACGACUUUUACGUGCUGAGUUUGUCACCGAAAGGUAUAGGGACUUCCUUUGCACAGAACCCAUCGCCGGAAAUCGAUCUACAAAGUACCUCGUCAGUACCGAUCGAGGUGGCCGAAGUGGGUGUUAGUGCGUUCGCUGACAUCCAAUAUCAGCGCCGGUUCGAGCAGUAUCGGAGCUGCUUAGUGGAACACAGUACACACCCCGUUCGUUCCUUCCUCGCCAACUCCGCUCUUGAUGUCAGAAUAUUUGAAUGGCUCGCUAGCUUCAGAGCCUACCGACGCAGCACAUGUAGGAUAUUUGGUGAUCGAAGCGCUGUCUUGGACGUUUGGAGCUACUAGUACUAAUGUGGAGAUGGCUGACGAGAGGACAAGGAGCGAUCUGGUGGAUGGAAACGUCAAUAACAGCACAUGGUACGUUGUGGAAGAUUCUGAUGUACCCGUAGCCCCUGAAGACACCAAGACCGAGGACAGUGACAUGAAGCUGCUUUCCACCAUGUCCCUUCCGAAGGCCAAUGACGCAGAGCUGGGUAAACUGUUGUCUCGUAACUAUGCCAACGUGACCGGUGGUGAAGUCCACUCACAGCCAAUCAUAGUUGUGCCGGCAUCGUCAUGGAGAAACCUGCUCUAUGAAGACAUAUCGUCAUUGACAACACUGUUUAGAUUUAUAGUCUGGGCUAGUAGCUGUCAUUAUCAGCCAAGUCACAGUACACAACUGACCAGGUAUCUGAUUGUGAGUGACUUGAGAGAUGCGGACUGGGGCCAAGUCAAGCAACUGUUAGCACUGUUCAAGGAUGUCCUGCCUCCCGGUGUACAGCGUGUAGUUCUACUUACACGGUCCAAUCGUCUUAGCCUGGCCAAGUUUAGCAUCAAAUCAUUCCUGGAUGAGCUACCAUUCAAGGUCGAAACAUUGAACACUCCCCAAUCGUUGAAGACCAUGCUACCCGCAUCAGACCUGCCAGUGGAACUUGGUGGACUGCUCAAGUACAACAACGAUGACUGGAUGUACCUGUUCAUUAAAGGAGAGACACUGUGUGACACGUGCAAGGCAACAUCUACAACACUAUCUGAAACAAAGAAAGAUUGCCAAACUUUCACGGUGCUAGCCACAGCAACCGAGACAAAGUCUGCCAUAGACGAACUCCAUGAGGACGUCGAGUCUGCUCUGGAGCAUGCCCAGCAGCUGUUGGAUCGUUGCAUGGAGUUUGUGAGUAAGAUGCUUACAGAGCAUCACAAGUAUGGUCUGGCGUCUUCCACCAAUCAUUACGCUGGUAUACCAUCACGGGUACAAGCAGCCCUCACCGCACUCAGCAUGGACAUUGACCAACUGACCGAGACAUGGAAAUGGCAGAAGGAACGACUCGACAACUUUAGGCGGACUCAAUCCUUCAGAGAACUCAUGGAUCAGGUAUCGAAUGAUAUUGAAGCAGAACAUCAGAAAAUGAGCAAGGACUUUGGAACCUCUCUGUCCACUGCAAGGAGUCUUCUAGCUGACCAUAAAGCACUGACAGAGAUGUUGAUGACUGGCAUUAUUGCUAGUGGCAAUGUUCUGGCAGCUGAGAGUCAUGUUGUAGUGGAACGACCACACUGCUACAAAGCUGAUCAACUGAAUGAGAGUGCAUGUAAACUGACACAACUUCAACAAGCACUGGUGCAGGGUAUUGAGCAGAGGACGUCUAACCUGGAGAUGUCGGUCGAGUUACAAACUAUCGUCGAACAGGGUACUGGUCUCUGUGAAGAGGGUCUGCAUCUUCUAGCUACACAGUCCAUGGAGCAGUGUCUCUCUGAAGGUGGCACAGCCGAUGUUCUCACCAAUCUCAGCCGAUACCUUGACCGCUUGGAGGACACUGACACGCACAAGAUGGAUCUCAUUGUCCACGCUCUGCCACCAAACAACCUACUGAGUGAGCAAGUGAGAAAGCUGAAGAAGAAGAUGGGUGAAAUUCAGAAUCUUGUGACAGCUCGGAUAGAGGGUGUGCACACACUGUCUAGCAAGCACAAUGAGCUGAAGGGACAGCUCACUGCCCAUGCUGAGGGAAGUAGCUUGAGUGGGGCUAGUACUGGCAGUGUUACUCCACCACCUCUGCAGGACACAGCUGGUAGUGCAGCAUGUGCCAGUAGCCUGUCAUCAGAUACCAGCUCUAAGUCAUCACCUAGACAUGAUCGAGCACAUCGAUUUCAAGAUCGCAUCGCACACUCGAGAAGUUCCGGCGCAUUAGUGACCCCUCGGGUGACUCCAAAGGGUUUCACUUCGCCACAAACUGGACACAGACCGUACCCAAUGACACGGAGUUCAACCGUAGGUGGUUCUUCAAGUGAUAAGAUCACAUCAGCUGAACGACAAUCACACCACUCCUCUCUGCAUUUCAGUCCGGCUAGAGGAAUUUCCUUUCCCAGUCAGUUGGAUUCUUCUCUUGGUGAAGACAGUGGUGUGUUCAGUGGGGUAAUCGAAGACUCAGAAACUAACUCACGUGUUCUGGAGAAAAGAGGGUAUAUCAUGGCUGAGCUUAUCGAAACUGAGCGUACCUACAUUGACGAUCUGCAAGAAACCCUUGAUUAUUAUUGGACACCUAUGAGACCAGACAAUGAAGCUGUUCCAGCGUCAUGGCGUGCUAAGAGGAACAUACUGUUUGGUAACCUACCUAGGUUGCUGGAGUUCCACAAGACUGUGUUCAGAGAUGAAUUGGAGUCUUGCGCCGACAAUCCAGAGCGAGUUGGACUUUGCUUCUUGAACAAGCAACGCCAGUUCCAGCUCUAUGUAUCCUACUGCAAGAACAAAUACAAGUCUGAUGCGUUCUUAGCCGAGCUGGAUAUGAACUUCUUUGAAGAGAUCCGAAAGAAGAGAGGUCAUCGCCUGUCGCUGAAAACCUUCCUGAUCAAGCCUGUGCAACGGAUAACAAAGUACCAGCUGUUGUUGAAGGAGAUGAUGGCACAGUGCAAGGGUGCACCGGAAGCCAUGAAGACCAUACAGUGUGCCCUUGACAACAUGCUGGAUAUUCUACAACACGUCAACAAUGUCAUGCACUCCAUUGGAAUCAUUGGCUUUCCAGGGAGUCUUCUGGAGCAAGGACAUCUUCUACUACAGAACUCUUUCCAUGCCUGGCGUGAGAGUGGAGGGCGACUGAAGCUGUUACGUAACAAUGCCGAGCGAGAACGUCAUGUAUUCCUCUACGAGCAAGUGCUGAUCCUGAGCAAGAAACGGCAGCCGCGUGAAGGUGACAGGCAGACACUGUACAGUUACAAGGACAGCAUCAAGAUCUCUGAACUUGCACUGACUGAGACCAGUGAUGGCGGAGAGAGUCGGUUUCAAGUGGCACAUCACAACCAUGCCAAGGCCUACACACUGCAGGCUCCAUCUGUGAAAGUCAAACAUGCGUGGGUCGGUGAGCUACGCAACCUCCUGGAACAGCAGCUGACACACAUGCAAAAUAUAGCACGGCAAGAAGAAGGUCUCUUGACAUUGCCCCGUGCGCCAGGUCAUCGUGCUUCGGAGUCUGCUUCUACCAUUGGCUCUACAGCUAGUGGAGCAGCAGGUACUAACACAACAGCAGUUGGUUUGAGUCCUGCGAGUAUUCUCCAGGCUCGAGGAGUUGCCACUGUGAAGAGAUCAGCUUCUGUGAGUAGUCACUGGAGCCAGAACACCCUCACAAGAAGACGCAUAGCCAUCGAAUCCAGUGCGCCCACCACCGCUAUCACUAUGGACAGCAUGGACGAUGCAGACGGUUUGGACGCCACACGAUCCUUAGGAAGAAAUGUGUCAGAUGAUAGUCUACGUGGCGUUGGCGGUAGUAGUCUGGAUGCUGAUGAUGAGGCGGCUGCUGAUGAAGAUGUAGACAUUGCCAUGGGUUUACAGGGUGACCUGUGCGAUCCAUCAUUCAUAGUUGCGAGUCCGUCGAAUCGUCAGUUUUGUGCGGUGACUGCUGACUUCCGUGGAACGGAGGAAGGUGAAGUUAGAUUUGUCGUCGGCGAUGCCGUGGAAGUGUUGCAGCUGGGUCACGGUGGAUGGUGGGAGGUACGCAAGGUGGAGACCAACGAAAUUGGCUGGAUACCGGCCAGCUAUCUGCAGGAGAUUAGUAGCAAGAGUCUGCUACCAGUCCUGGAAACCUCUAUCUGAUAUCAUCUCUCACGUCGGUCUUGGAAACUUCUGUCUAGUCUCUGCUGCCCGUCCUGGAAACGUCUAUCUGAUUUACUUUCUGACAUCGUUCUUGGAAACCUCUAUCUGAUACGAACUCUUGCCUUACCCUGGAGACUUCAAUAUGUCCUCAGUGUUCAAUGAUUUCCGUAUUCCAACCUGUCUAGCUAUGCGUCCAGUGGUGUCACUGCGAUGGUGUCUUUGUUUAGCCUUGUGGCUGUUUGUGCCUAUGUUGACAAACUCCCUUCUUUUAGUAUUAGGCAUUCAAUAUCCAUGUGCCCCCCCCCCCCCCCCCCCGAGUGAAGACAACUGAGCCCCCACUUGAAUUAUUUAUUGACUCAAGCGUAAACUGUCCCAGCAGCAUCAGCGUUCUUAGUACCAUGUGUGAUGUUUUUACUGCACUGAUGGGUGUCAUGCUAGCGCCGUCAAAAAACUAUUCCCACAAACUUGAGUCUUGAUAGGCCAAUUCUUCGCUGCACUAUCAUUUUUGGCUGUAACCAUAGUGUUUUUUUAUUUAGUCGCUAUGUCCUUGAGAAGUCGUGAUGUAAACAAUCUUCUCAUAGCUCUUAUCUUUUCUGCAGUGUUACUUGGUGGUGGUAGCACUUAAUUCACGUAAUACAGCUCUAUACUGAUCCAUACUGAUCCACACUGUUCCAUACUGAUCCACACUGAUCCAUACUGAUCCACACCAAACCAUACUGAUCCACACCAAAUUUCUAUUUUCUGGUUCUCCUUUAUGCCCGUCAGAGCCAGUGUUACCAUAGCAACUGGGUUGCACCGGCUUGUGAGUUUCCCUAUCUCACACGACCCUAUUUCAACUUGA